CGGGGCAGACCGCGAGCGAGAGCGCCCCCGAGCAGCACCCGCGUCCUCCGCGCCGCCACCGGAGCUCCUCGGCAGAAGCCCGUCGGCAGCUGCCCGCCUCCCCGCGCCCGUCGCCCUCCGCCCGCCGCGCCGGGCCCGCCGCUCCGCGCCGCCGUUGGUGUGUUGGCGUCUCAGCUCCCCGCGCGCCACAAUGAGCUCCCGCACCGCCUGGACGCUCGCCUUCGUCCUCACCCUGCUCCACUUGGCCAGAUUGGCGCUCUCCACCUGCCCCGCAGCCUGCCACUGCCCCCUGGAGGCGCCCAAGUGCGCCCCGGGAGUCGGUCUGGUCCGAGACGGCUGCGGUUGCUGUAAGGUCUGCGCCAAGCAGCUCAACGAGGAUUGCAGCAAAACGCAGCCCUGCGACCACACCAAGGGGCUGGAAUGCAAUUUCGGCGCCAGCUCCAUCGCUCUGAAGGGGAUCUGCAGAGCUCAGUCAGAAGGCCGACCCUGUGAAUACAACGCAAGAAUCUACCAGAACGGAGAAAGUUUUCAGCCCAAUUGUAAACAUCAGUGCACAUGUAUUGAUGGCGCCGUGGGCUGCAUUCCGCUAUGUCCCCAAGAACUCUCUCUCCCAAACUUGGGCUGUCCCAACCCACGACUGGUCAAAGUGACUGGGCAGUGCUGUGAGGAAUGGGUCUGUGAUGACGAUGGUGCCAAGGACCCUGUGGAUGACAGGGACGACUUCCUGGGCAAGGGACUGGCAUUUGAUGCUUCAGAAGUGGAGUUAACAAGAAAGAAUGAAUUGAUUGCAGUUGGAAAAGGCGACUCCCUGAAGCGGCUUCCUGUUUUUGGAAUGGAACCUCGAAUCCUAUACAACCCCUCUUUACAUGGCCAGAAAUGUAUCAUUCAGACAACUUCAUGGUCCCAGUGCUCAAAGACCUGUGGAACUGGUAUUUCCACACGAGUUACCAAUGACAACCCUGAAUGCCGUCUGGUGAAAGAAACCCGGAUUUGUGAAGUGCGGCCUUGUGGACUGCCAAUGUACAGCAACCUAAAAAAGGGCAAGAAAUGUAGCAAGACCAAGAAAUCCCCCGAACCGGUCAAGUUUACUUAUGCUGGGUGUUCUAGUGUGAAGAAAUACCGGCCCAAGUACUGCGGUUCUUGUGUAGAUGGCCGUUGCUGCACACCCCUGCAGACCAGGACAGUGAAGAUGCGGUUCCGCUGCGAAGAUGGGGAGACCUUUUCCAAGAACGUCAUGAUGAUCCAGUCCUGCAAAUGCAACUACAACUGCCCACAUGCUAACGAGGCAGCAUUUCCCUUCUACAGACUGUUCAAUGACAUUCAUAAAUUUAGGGACUAAAGGCUACCUGGGUUUUCAGCCUCAGGAACAGGAGAGAAGUGCGCCAGAAUCACGGAGACAUGGGUGGGGGCGGCGGGGGUGAAGGGACUCAUUGUAGAAAGGAUGCGUUGCUCAUUCUUGAGUAGUAGUAAGGUAUUUUGAAGCUGCCAGGUAUGCUGAUUGCAGAUGGACACUAAUGCAGCCGCGAUUGGAGAAUUCUUUGCUUCAUAAUACUGGAGCAUAUAUUACUGCUUCAUUUUGGAGCUUGUGAGAUAGAUGAUAUUCUGUUUGUAAAUUAUUAUUUGGUAAGCAUAUUUUUUUUUCCUCCAGACUUUUUUUUUCUUUUCGGCUCUACAGUUGUAAAAGAUAAUAAGACUAAUUGGACAUUAAAGCCUUUCAUUCUCUGACGAACGUAAACAGGAGGUAAAUGUUCUAUCCUGACCUGCAGGUGACACUCUGUGAGUGUCUUCGAGAGGCGACUUCCUGCACUCUCAACUGCAAACAGAAAUCAGGUGUUUUUAGACUGAAUGUUUUUAUUUAUCAAAAUGUAGCUUUCGGGAUGGGAGGGGAAAUGUAAUACUGGAAUAAUUUGUAAAUGAUUUUAAUUUUAUAUUCAGUGAAAAAAUUAUUUAUGGAAUUAAUCAUUUAAUAAAGAAAUAUUUACCUAAUAUUGAAAUGUUAUGACAUUUACUAUUUCAAACACUGUCCAGAGUUACUGGGAGCAAUCUAACUUAUGCCUUCAACCAUUAAAACGGGACCUUCUGUUUUGUUUUGUUUUGGGACUACAACUGGUGGUGCUCAGGGCUUACUCAUGGCUCUGCUCAGGAA